AUGGGCUCUUUGCAAGCAGCCAGGCCGUUUCCCCCUGGCAUUCAUGUGCCUAGCUUAACCUGGUUCGGCAGCGACGACUCUCAAGAAAUAGACUGGGAUUUACAAGAGAGACAUUUGAACUUUGUCAUCACUUCUGGUCUUCAUGGCGUCGUCAUUGCUGGGACUAACGGUGAAGCUGUGACAUUGACUCAGGAUGAAAAGAUUAAACUUAUCACAAUGACACGUCGCAUCGCCACUCAGGCUGGAAGACCAGACAUCACAAUUACUGUGGGGUGUUCCGGACAGUGCACACGAGAUGUCAUUGCAGAAACGAAGGCGGCAAAAGAAGCUGGUGCCGAUUUUGUCUUGGUACUUGUGCCCAGCUAUUUCCAUUUUGCGAUGAAUAAAGACAGCAUUGUUGCGUUCUUCGAAGAGGCAGCUGAUGCGAGUCCGCUUCCCAUCGUGAUAUACAACUUUCCCAAUGUUGUCGCCGGACUCGAUGUCGACUCCGAGAUGCUGGAUCGCCUAGCCAAGCAUAGGAAUAUCGUUGGUGUAAAACUGACAUGCGGUGGAAUUGCCAAAGUGUCUCGCAUUGCUGCUACAUACAGUCCUGACGAAUUCAGCACUCUUGCUGGUCAAAGUGAUUGGCUCGUUCCAGCACUAUCUGUCGGCAGUACAGGCGCCAUUACCGGAAUAGCAAAUCUGUACCCCAAGACAUGUAUACAAAUCUACGAUCUGUUUGUAGCCGGCAAGGUGAAAGAGGCUACGGCACUGCAGUUGGAGCUCGCAAAGAUGGAAUGGGGCUUUGCGAAGGGUGGUAUCAACGGUACGAACAAGAAUGGAUUGUUGGCGUGGUUAGCGCUCUAG